AUGAAUUUUACAAAGCUUAUACCAGCACAAUUUAUCACUAGCUCUAAAUCAGCGACAGCAUCUUCAAGUUCUAGUAGUUCAGUAGAUUCAAAAGUUUCCAAAAGACAAGCAGUAGAGUUAGCUGUAGAUAUCGAAUCUCCUCCAUGCGUUCUAUAUGGAUCUGCUACAAAUUCGCCUGGUUCUCUGUUAAGUGGGUUGUUUAAAUUGCGUGUCAGACAUACCUCUGAGACUGAUAGUCAAGUGUCACGGUCAGUGCUUCAUAAGAAUGCCCUUACCAAGACCACUAGUAACAAUGGUUUAAGGAAAAGUAAAUCAUUAAAUCAAACAACUUUAAAAUCAUUUCCGGAUAUAAUUGAGACAGAUGUCAAAGAAUCAGUAUUAAUUCAAAAUGUUACUUUACAAUUGAUACAAACAAUUUAUUAUGAAAACCCUUUUAUUCCAAGUAACUCUAACAUUCAACGCUGUAAAGAUUGUAAAAUUAAAAAAACUGUUUUGAAAGAAUGGGAAAUUCAAUCACAACCAACUAAAAUAGAUGUUGGAACUUUUUCCUUCCCAUUCUCCUAUCUUUUCAAAGGUUCAUUACCUUCUACUUCCACUUUGGGUUCACAUUCAAAUACUAUUGUUAGAUAUGAUUUAAUAGGUAAAGCUUCUUUUAAGGAUACUCGUGGAAAUAAAAAAACUAAAUCUAACUCUUCUUCCUCCCCUUCGACACCUUCCUCUACCAAAUCAAAGUCAAAAUCUGAAACUAUCAAAGUUACUAUGCCAAUACCAGUUACAAGAAGUUUAUUACGAGGACCAGAUAAAAAUUCUCUAAGAGUAUUUCCCCCAACUGAAUUAACAGUAUCCGCUGUCAUACCAAAUGUCAUCCAUCCAAAAUCACAAUUUCCCAUAGAAUUACAAGUAAACGGUAUUACUUCAUCAGAUAGAAGAUGGAGAAUGCGUAAAUUGUCUUGGAAAUUAGAAGAGACAACUCGUAUAAGAUGCCAUUCUUGUUCUAAACAUAUAAAAUAUUUGAAAAUAAUUGAAAAAGAAACUAAAUUAAAAGAAAUAGAAAAUCUAAAGAGGAAGCAUAAACCAAUGAAGAGAUACGGGGAUCCGAUUCCACAAGUACGAUUUUCAGUCGCAACAAGGAAUAAUUCUCCUUUGCCAAGAUUAAAUAAUUUAGAUUUACGGCAAAACUCAAAUAUUAAUGCAGCUGGAAAUACAAACAAUACAAACAAUACAAACAAUAAUGAUAACUUGAAUAAUGAGCCUACUCAAGAUCAAGAUACUGAAGACCAACCUGCUGGUGAAUUUAUUCAUCCUAGUGAUGACGCAUUACGUCAAGAAUAUAUUCAACAACAGCAGCAUAUUAGAGAAGCACAGAUUGAACAAGAAUUGAAUAACGUGACAAAUUUAUUUGCUGAAGAAUCUCGUAUUUUAAAAGAUGGUGUUAUGAAAACUGGUUGGAAAACUGAUUUUAGUGAUAAAGGUCAUAUUGAAUUAAUUAUGGAUAUCGAUUGUAUGGAUUUUAACACUGGUGUUACUAACCCUAUUACAAGAGUAUCAUCUUUACAGCCAUAUAAUGAAAAUAAGCGUCAAAAACCAAAUAUGGCAUGUGAUUUACAAGAUCCCAUUUCUGGUAUUUAUGUUUCUCAUGUGUUAUCUGUAGAAAUUAUUGUAGCGGAAGAAACAGUUCAUUAUCCUAAUGGUCAACCGAUUCAUAAAUCAAAUAUUAAAAAAUCAGGGCAUGUCCCACUUUCAACUGAUGAUCAAAGAUUGGCUGAAAUAUCUCCCAUGUUUGCAAAUAAACAAUCACAAAAGCAUAAACCAAUUCAAGAAAAUGAAGUUUCUAGUAAUGGUACUAAACUAGUUAGUGUCCCAACAGGUGCAGCACGUGUAUUAAAAAUGCAGUUUAGACUAAAUAUUACUGAAAGGUCUGGUUUAGGAAUCUCAUGGGAUGAAGAGGUUCCUCCAGUAUACCAAGAUGUUGAAUUACUCUCUCCUCCAGUUUAUGAAAAUACCUCUCCUAUUUCUACUUCUCCUAUUGAAAUGGUCAUAACACCGGAUUCUUCUGAACUACCUCCAUUAGAACUGGUUAAUAGCAAUUCUGAACGUCCUAUUCAACUAUUCCAUGAUGAAAAUAGAGUUGAAAUUAACCAACAACAAAUUCAAACUCCGCAAUCUGUUACGAGAAAGAACUCAGUCACUCCUUCCAGCUCACCGCAAUUCCAACAAGCAAUCAGUAUUGAAGGUAAUAUCCCAAAUGCUUCCGACACACUAACUCCGUUUAAUACUUCUGACGUUAGAGUCCCAAAGGAGUCAGAAAUUUUAAAUACAGACAAAAUAACACAGUAA